GCAUUUCACUCAGCGUGUGGAAGACCUGCCCUCACAGUGGAGCGACUUAGCCCGAGCGGUUUUAUUUAGGACGGACCCACUGGCUACAGUACAUGUUACUGUAACGACUCGGCGAGAAUAAUGGACCCGACCCCUCUGCAGCAAACAGUGAUGGAGUCCCCUGAGGUGACCUCUGACCCCCAGGAGGUUGACCUCGGUGCCCCCGCCUCCCCUUCUGAACCCCCAAAUACUCCUAACGCUGACCAGGCUUAUGAGCCCCUUAGUUAUGAUGAGCUCUUCCCUGCUCUGCCUAAUGCAAGUUUGACUCAAACCCCAACGGUUGAAGCUCCCAGAGACAACUGGGCCAAGCCCAGUGAAAUGCGCAUUGCCUCUUCUGUUAUCACCCAGGUAUUCCGUGUCCCAUAUGAAGAGAGAGCCAAGAUCGAUGGGAAUAAUCAAUUUGGAGAAUCUGCCUCUUCUCGCAUCUGUGCGGACAUUACUGCCCGUACAGGAGCUCAUAUUGAGAUCUCCUCGGCCAAGGAUCAGUCUUUGACAUUCUUAGUAACUGGCAAGAAUGACGCUGUGACCAAGGCCCGGCGACUUGUCCUGGAGAAAUUCCAGACUCAGGCUCGCCAAAUUAUUAAAAUACCAAAGGAUCACCAUCGCUUUAUCCUCGGUAAGAAGGGCAAGAGGCUACAAGAGAUGGAGAUGAAUACUGCCACCAAGAUCCAAGUACCCAACUCAAAAGAGAACUCUGAUGAUAUUAUUGUUAUGGGCACGAGAGACAGCAUCGAGAAAGCCAUGCAUGAGAUCCAACUCAUUUCUGAUGAACAGAGUAAACAAGCCUAUGAAAAAUUAGAGAUUCCCAAGCAAUUUCAUCCAUUCAUCUGUGGGGCCCACAAUGACAAGAUUCAAGCUCUAAUGGCUGAAAACAAUGUACGUAUCAAUGUGCCACCACCCAGCGUUAUGAAGAACGAGAUGACUAUUGCAGGAGAGAAAGAAGGUGUACUGCGUUGUAAAGACAUCAUUUUGAAGUGCCAUAAGGAGAUGGAGCGAAAGUGUCAAACGGUGUCAGUGGAAGUUCGUAAAUCACAGCACAAGUACGUUAUUGGCCCCCGUGGGGCGAACAUUGCUGAGAUACUCCAAGAGACUGGGGUCUCUGUGGAGAUGCCACCCACAGAAACCACCACUGAAACCAUCACACUUCGUGGUCCUCAGGAUAAACUUGGACAAGCUCUUACACUGGUGUAUGCAAAAGCCAACAGCGUGGUUCAAGCAGAUGUGGAGGCUCCUACCUGGCUCCACAAGUUUAUUAUUGGUCGUAAGGGAGCCAACAUUCGGCAGAUAACUCAGGAUCUCCCCAAGGUACAUGUGGAGUUCACCGACAAGCAGGGAGGAAUCAAGCUAGAGGGACCUCCUGAGGAAGUAGAGCAAGCACGAGAGAAGUUAGAGACAAUGAUAGCAGAGAUGCAGAGUAAACUGUGCUUUGACCAGAUCACUGUGGACCCUAAGUUUUACAAACACAUCAUUGGAAAGAGUGGUGCGAACAUCAACCGGAUUCGCAAUGACACUGGAGUUUUGAUCAACAUCUCUGAGGCUGAUGGCAGUAACCUCAUUCGCCUAGAGGGUAGCCCAGAAGGGGUAUCACAGGCUAAGAAGGAAUUGGAGGAGCUGGUGGCAAAGAUGGAGAAUGAGAAGGAACGUGACAUUAUCAUUGAGCAGCGUUUCCACCGCACCAUCAUUGGUACUAAGGGAGACAAGAUCAAGGAAAUUAGAGACAAGUUCAAUCAAGUUCAGAUCUCCUUCCCUGACCCAGGUGACCAAUGUGACAUCGUUAAAAUCCGUGGACCCAAAGACGAUGUGGAUCAGUGCUACCAGUUCCUGAAGAAGAUGCUGCGGGAACUGUUGGAGUCAAAUUACCAGGUCAAAGUCUCUAUCUUUCGCCAGUUCCACAAAUUCAUCAUCGGCAAAGCUGGUGCCAACAUUAACAAGAUUAGAGAGGAAACAAGUACUCGCAUUGACCUGCCAUCAGAAGGCCAGAAUAGUGAUGAGAUAACCAUCACAGGCAAGAAGGAGAACUGUGAAAGGGCUCGUGAACGCAUUCAGAAAAUCCAGGAUGAAUUGGCAAGCAUUGUUGAGGUAGACAUCAUCAUCCCAGCCAAGUUCCACAAUUCAAUGAUUGGUGCUGGAGGAAAGUUGAUUCAGAGUGUGAGUGAGGAGUGCGGUGGUGUGGCCAUCAAGUUCCCACCACCAGAGAAGAGCUCAGACAAGGUCACAAUCCGAGGCCCCAAGGAUGAUGUGCACAAGGCCAAGCAGAUGCUGGUAGACCUCAGCAAUGAGAAGCAGCUAGCCAGCUUUACAGCAGAGGUGCGUGCCAAGCAACAACACCAUCGUUUCCUGAUUGGCCGGAAUGGAGCUAACAUCCGUAAGAUUCGCGAUGCAACUGGAGCCCGUAUCAUCUUUCCCACUGACAAAGAUGAAGACAAGGAGCUGAUUACCAUCAUUGGCAAAAAGGAUGCCAUUGCAAAGGCAAAGGAGCAACUUGAGAUAACCAUUAAAGAACUUGAUCUGAUAGUAGAAGAUACCAUGACGGUAGAUCCUAAGCACCACAGGCACUUCGUUGCUCGUAGGGGUGAAGUCCUCCGUCAGAUUGGUGACCAGUACGGAGGAGUGACUGUGUCCUUCCCUCGAUCAGGUGUGCAGAGCGACAAGGUCACCCUUAAAGGAGCCAAAGAAUGUGUAGAAGGAGCGAUGGCUCGUAUCCAGGAGAUAGUAAAUGACCUUGAGGAGAUGAUACACAUGGAAGUAAUAAUUCCCCAAAAAUAUCAUCGCACAGUGAUGGGUGCCCGCGGAAGCAAGGUGCAGGCAAUCACCACUGAGUUUGAUGUACAAAUCAAAUUCCCUGAAAAAGACAGUGGCCAUGUUACUAAUGGUGAAGAAGUGCAGCUAAAUGGCGAUGUAAAUGGAGAGGGUGAGAUUGUCACAAGGCCUCAAGAUAUUGUACGCAUUGUUGGCAAGAAGGACAGAUGUGAAGGGGCUCGUGAUGCCUUGCUAAAUUUAGUACCAGUCACUGUGGAAGAGAAUGUAGCCUUCAGACACCAUCGUUUCAUUAUUGGACAGAAGGGUGAGAAUGUACGCAGCAUGAUGACAGAUUUUGAUGUAAAUAUUCAGGUCCCUCCAGCACAAGAUCAGAGUGAUGUUAUCAGGAUCACUGGCCCACCAGCUAACACUGAGCGUGCCCGGGAAGCUCUCAGGGAUAAAGUACGCCAAUUGGAAGAUGAGGAACUGGACCGUAAGGCGAGAUCCUUCCAUUUGCAAGUUGAAGUGGACCCUGAGUACCACCCCAAGAUCAUUGGAAAGCGAGGUGCUGUCAUCUCCAAGAUUAGGGAAAAGCAUGAAGUUAACAUUCAGUUCCCUCCUAGGGGUGACCCAGAGGAAAAUAUCAUCACCAUUACGGGAUAUGAGAAGAACGUGAAUGAAGCAAAGGCAGCUAUCCUUGCCAUUACUGGGGAGUUGGACAAGAUGGUUAAAGAAACAGUGGAGAUUGAUAGCCGCAUACACUCUCGCCUUAUUGGUAGCCGUGGGCGGGCCAUCAGAAAAGUGAUGGAGGAAUUUAAGGUUGAGAUAAAGUUCCCUCGUGGAGACGAUGACCCCAACAUGGUGGUGAUCAUGGGGUCAGUGGAAAAUGUUGACGAAUGCAGGGACCACCUACUGAACCUGAUGGAGGAAUACAUGCAGGAGAUCUCCGAGAUAGAGGAGAUGGAAGUAUACAUAGCUCAGAAACCUGGACAUGGGGGAGGACCAGGCAAUGCCAACCCAGGUGGUCCCAAAAAGCAUGAGCAAGGGUUCGUGGUGAGCGGUGCUCCAUGGACCCAGGAAGCUCCCAAUAUGGACUCGUCAGAGGACUUCCCAUCCAUGGGAGCUCCAACUGUGACACACACGGCCCCAACCAUCUGGGGGCCCCGGCGUUAGGAGCUUAAAACGAGUCUGCUACAGCCUCUGUAUUCCCACUUUAUUCUUGUUUUUACAUCCUAUCAGCAGCUCAUGUUAUAAUAUCUAUGCAUAGAAUUUUUACUAUUAGAAUGAGCACUCACUCAUGUGCUUAAGUAGUCAUAUCAGGGGUUUAAAUUUGGUGGAAUACUAUCCUUGGAGUCUGUGUGUACCUGUGUAAUAACGUUCUAGAGUGUCUGUGGACCUAAAGAUCUUGUCAUGUGUUGGGAAGAUUAACUGUAUCUCCUCAAAAUAUCUGAAUUUAUGUACAAGUUUGAGUUCAUGGGUUUAAUAUUAGCUUGGCAGAGAUUCCUAGAGUCAUUGAGAUAUAUGAAUGACUUGUUUACACACACACCUGAGACACUCGGGUUCAAAAGACAGUAUUGUGCCAACUUUGAACCCUGAUAUGGCACAGUAAUUGACUUUAAUCUGCUAAGUCCUUAGAUUUUGUUCAUUAUUCCUCAAUAUUUAACUUGUUGAGUUGUUGAAAUUGUAAUCAAUUUUUUGAAGUAUAUUCUACAUAUACAGAUUUUGCCAAUAACAAUUUUGUACAUUAA